AUUUGAUUAGUCAUUGAUGUUAUUGUGUUCUACUCACCGCUCUCGUCUUAUUUCAGCGUAUGUUACAACUGUUGCUCAAUAAACACCAUUCACUGCAGCUUCCCCAGUCGUCUUGAUCCUCACAUCACAGUAAGAUCUCACUAUUCAAGUUAGAAAUGUUACAGUUAAACUUGCUACUAAAUGGACUAAAAGUUUAUUCACUUUUGUUUGUAUCUGAACGAUGUUCUCCAUCAGAUCAACAGUGUUUGGAUGUGUUUUUACGGUGUGGAGUUGAUGGAAAAUAUAACGCUGAACGUUCUCCUUUGACUUCUCCGUGGAAAAACAUACAAACCAACUAGACAAGUUCUGUCAUAAAUUGCUUCCUCUCAGGAAUUUGUGAAACAAUGGCACAACAUAACAUCAGCAUCAAUGACUCAACUGCAUCAGAUGAUGAUUUAUUGAUGGAGUUUAUAAGUAAAUAUUAUUAUGCAGAACGUGUAUUUAUCUGGAUCCUUUCAGUCGUUGAGAUCCCAGUCAUGAUCUUAACUCUGAUUGGUUUGUGUUUCAUCAUCAAAUCUCGGCCUGCUGCUUCAGUUUUUGUUAGUAAUUUGAUACUUUCAGAUCUCAUACAGGUCAUUUGUAUAUUAAUAGCAGCAGCAAACUCAUUGCCAUAUAAUCUGAGUAGAGCAUAUCUCUAUUCUUUGAUUACGGGUCUGUAUUUUAUGGCAUGUGUUGCUUUUGAACGAUAUCUUCUGGUUUCUCAUCCUAUCUGGUACAGAUCUCACCAGUCACUCAAACUCUCCUGUUUUAUUUCUGUGAUCGUCUGGUUUGUGCCUCUGAUCUUUGUAUUGCUCUCUUAUUUUUAUUUGAGUAUUAUACCCGUGUGUAUAGUGUGUUUAAUUCCCUACCCCAUCAUCAUUCUCUGUUUUGCUGGCACUCGUCGAGGUCUUUCUCGCUCAAUAUCUCUGACUGCUCUGAAGCGAAAAUUAAUUUUGGGCAGUUUGUUCCUGGUGCUGUUGACUUACACAUUUCUCAUUCUGCCUUUUGUGAUUAUGUUAUUUAUUGUAUAUUUUGAUCGCUAUUACAGUGUUGUUGUUAUGAAAUUUCACUCCUAUACACAUUUGCUCGUGUGUGUGAAUCCACUUGCUGACUGUGUGCUGUACCUGUUCAUGAGGCCUGAUAUUCGUAAUAUGAUGAAGUCUGUUCGCUGCUGUUGUAGACGUCAGAGAUCGAAUCACAACCAGGACGAACACUCUGUAGUGAAUCCACAGAACAGCUGCUGUACUGUAGUGUGCUGUAUUUCAGCUCAAGAGCCUGCAUCUCAUUCACUGAACACCUGCAGCUCAGUUUAACCUGCUGAUAAAUAUAGAGCUGAAAAACACUGCACUAUAUUUAAUUGAAGUCAGUGUCAAUUUUUACAU